AGAGAUCUCCCCAGUCUCGGUGGCGUGCUGCCGCGGUUCGCUCUCGCGAGAAGACAGACUGCUGGAGCCGUCCACACGGACUGGUAUAUGAACGCUCCCGUCCCGACGAGAUGGAGACGCGUCUUUUCACCUGCAUCUGAUCGAUCUGUGGAGUCAGCCAAGAUGUGACCGUCACAGCACAGCAUAGUCCAGUGUUAAUAAACACUUGUUUCUAUAGCAACAGAAAGUGUUUCCUGAAAUUGACACGAUGCAGUCAGCUCAGUCUCAAAAGCCAAAGCGUUUCGACGUCAGCAGACGGACCACCGCUGUCGCUGCACGCAAGCCUUAUGGGCUGAAAGAAGAUAAAAACAUGAACACAAUUCCCUCCUCAUCUCCACGGAGGCUCACUAAAGGCCCCACUGCUGCGCCCAGGACUCGGGUCCCAGUGCAACCAAGAGCACCGGUCGGCCAGAGUAGGUUUGGGGCCCAAAAACAGGCUUCUAGUGUCAAGUCAUUCAAACCCAAGCCGAAAAGUACCCGUGCAGCUGUGGUGGCUCCUGUUGCACCUGCACCAGCGCCACCACCGCUUCCCUCCAGUCUACCCCUUGACCCAAAUUGCAAUGAGCCAAGCCUCCCAUGUCUUUGCUGCGAUGGACGUUCUCCGCAGGACAACAAUAGCAUGUUCAACCAUAACCACAACAACAACAACACUAUUUCUCUCAGGCAACAAAUGCAGCUUCCUCCCCCUCCACCAGUGCUGCCACAGAGACAAGAGGUGACAGGAACCAAGAAGCAACUUCCUUCACGGGAACAAGGGCCCAUAGAGGCAGCUGUGUGCCCUGCACUGUUGGGGAAUGAUCAAGAGAAUGUAGCUAGAAGUUCAGAAGUAACUAAGAAAGAUCUUGAGGAUGAUGAAGAGGAAAGCAGUGGUGAUAUCGAUAUUGAUGUGGACGAGGAUGACAAUGAUGAUGAUGAAGAUGAUGACACUCUUGUACCUUCUUGUUGUGACUGCCCUCCAUCGCUUCUAGAGUUCUCGCUGUCCUCCUCCAGCUCCUCUUCCUCUACCUCCAUCAGCUCCUGCUCCGAUCUGGACUCUGACUCUGCUGACCCAUCUGAAUCUCUUUGCUCCUCGUACUGCCAAGACCAUCUGUCCAUUACUAUGUCCCCGAAGGACGACCAUUUCCUACAUUGCACUGAAAGCCGGCCUCCCACUCGCUCACCCCCAUCACUUCCGCUGAACGGGAACCCCUUCUUGACUUCACAGUCUGCUGUUUCCUCCCCAGAUGAGGGUUACCCUUCGGCAUUGGAUUCCCCAUCACCGGAUUAUUUAGGUGUCAAAGAAUCAGAAGUUGCUAGUCUGGGGUUGCUGGACUUCCUGGAGUCAGUCGGAGAGUUUGGGAAAAUGGAACGGUUCAGCCAAGUGAUCCAAGUGGCCCGUUGGGAUUUGGAAGGUGAGCAGCACUGGGACGUUCUGAGAGAUCGUUUAGAUCACCUGGAUCGUUUGGAGAAAGUCAACAGGGAAGUAAAACUUUACUACAUUGCCAAACUCCAUGAGAAAGGAUAUGAUCUGGGCGAUCUGGAUGAGCAGGACCUUUCUGAUGUCUUGGAUGAAAUGGGCAACAUCGAUAUCCCUCUGAAGUUGUAUAAAAACCGUGUUGCUUCAAUGGCCGACUCGCAAGAGUUUUCAGAUGCAGGGGUGGACCUCACUGCCCCUUCAGACAGUGAAGAUCCCCUUGCUCCUGAUUCACUCACCCCUUCACCGGUUGAGCCGCCAUCUAGGCCUCCCAAACCUCCGGUACGACAUGCUAGUGUCAACUCUGACCUCCACACCUACAUCAAUAUCAGCAGAGAGACAGUCUCCAUGGCGGUGACAACCUCUCCGACUUUGACCACAUUUUCCCUGAAUUCCUCUUCGCCAACGUUCUCAACAUUUAGAUGUGAGAAAUCACUUCCUCCAUCUCCACCAUCGAUUCCACCCCUUCCCAGCUCCAAACCUAUCCAAUAUCUGAGCCUGUACACCACAUCCUCUCCUCCUCCGUCCAUACCCACCCCAACACCGCCAAUCCCUCCACCACGAAAGCGACAUCUUGCCAGGAAGGAAGCUCAGCGUCUGGCUGCUCUUCAAGCUGAGCAAGAAAAGACCCCGGUCUCCCUUCCACCUCCGACUACAAGCCCUCCACCAUUACCUCCACCACCAGUCAUCUCAGUCUCCUGCUCCUCAUCUCCCCCGGCCAUUCCACCACCACCUGCCCUUCCUCCUCCCCCCUCUUUCCACGCCUUGGAUGUUGAGAUCCGAAAGUUGCUGAUGCUUGCAGGAUUGACUCAAGCCGAUCUCCUUAAACUUAGCCCUGAACUUGGAGUUUGUGUCACUGGAUUGGAGGAAGAAGCUGAUGAAGAUAAUCAGUUCUCUACUUGCUCAUCAGAGCAAUACAGUUUCAGACUUAAAGAUGAGGUGGCGGAGGAGUCUGAUUCUGAAUUUUCCAUUGGUGAUGGAUGGAGCAAACAGUUGACUGAUCAAAGCGCAGAAAUACCUGUUGAUCCCAGAGGGGGGAAAGUCUUCAGCGAGAGCAAAGACACCCAAAGAAAAACGUCAUUCACAGAGAUCGCAAGGAGAAGGAAGAGGAACAGUGGUGUAACCACUGAUCUAUACUACACCACUGGCACAAGCAAUACUUAUGAAACUAAAGAGACAUUUAACUAUCCAAGUACACCUCCACCCCCACCUCCUCCUCGACCCUUACCCCCAAUCCCUCCAUCUGUGCCAGCCCUCAAAGUCAGCACCCUUUCAGCUAACUCUGCUCGGCCUGAGCGAUUUGAUUGGCUCAUAGCAUUCACACCUGAAGCUGACUCCCAACCAGAGACCACUCAGCCAAAGAUCUGUGACAUUACAAAACCUGAUGAAGAAUCUGUGAAGACAAACACUUCAUCUGGCUCCUCUGCUGGAUCAGCCCCACGAGUCACAACCUUCAAAGAACUGCGCAAUCGCAAUAAAAGCGCUCCUCCACCUACGAAGGUGAUCACUGAUCCGGAGCCGGACCCUACGAUAAUAACACCGGAUCCAGACAUACUGUACAACCUGAAAUGGAGAAGAGAGAAAGCUGGCAGUGAUGGCAGCCAAUGGGAGUAUACGUCUCAAGCUCAGGCCCUCUUCAUGCAACCACCGCCGGCACUGACCUCCAUGGCUGCUCUCAAGGAAAUGCUUCAAAGGGCUGAUCAGGAGGGCGGACAGGCUGAACUCUAUCCAUCACUGAAGAUUGGCUACCCUGUGAAUGACAGCAGAUUUUUGACAACAGACAGAGAGCGUGAAGAAUUGAAGGAGGAACGAGGGAAAGUGAAAGACAAACUGAUUGUGGAGGAGCGAGGACGUGCUGAUGGACGACGCACCACUGAGUCACAAACUACAGUUUCCUCUCCACCACUUUCCCUUUCCCACCGGUCCCAACCCUACUUCCUUCACUCUGACCUGACAACCCAUCAUGGCAGCUUCUGUAGCUCCCCUCCCAGACCACACACCCAUAUUGGACAGGAGACCUCCCCGAGAGCAUCACCUCACAAAGGUGACGGCGUCACUGGGCUUCACUAUGAAUCCUUGGUUCAUUUCAGUGGCAAAUCUCCCAAUAAUGGGAAUAUAUCUCAGCAAUGUAGCGAUAGAGACGUCACUUCUGACUCUCUGUGUAACCUUGACUCACUUUACUGCAGUGAGUCAGAGACACCAACAAAACAGUCUGAUGUCAUAGUGGAUCCCGGCAGCAUCACCCCCUACAAGAACAUUGAUGUCAUGAUGACCACAGAUUCUCUUUAUUCAGGAAGCAGGCUCACGCAUGCCAACUAUGAUAAGAGCAGAGCUCACAAGGAGCUCCCGCCUCUCCCCACCUAUUACCUCUAUCACCCGAAAAACUGCCCUCUGCAUCGGGGCGCCCCACCUCGUCUCUCCCCUAUCGGAGCACUAGCUCCUCCUCAACGCUCAGGGGUGCCCCCUGUAGGCACAGUGGCCUCCUGUUUGAACUCCCCGCUUUUCCCCCGCUCGCACACCUUACCCGCCCUUGCUGCUCCCCUCUACUAUCCAAACCUUUACCCUGCUAUACCACCCAGGGUUCCCCCUCGCCCCCCAAAACUUCAACAGACCACUGUGCAGCCGUCGACUGUUCACAGUGUCUCAUUCACUGGAGCUGCACAAAAGGAUGAACCGUCCUGGAUGGGAGAAGAACCAAUGAGAGGCCUGUCCUCAGUGAGCCUGCGGGAAAAGAAAGCUCUGGUCAGUGCCGUCAGUCAGGCAGUGGAAGCCAUCUUGGCCCAGUUCAGCUCUUCACGGACUGUGGUUCAGAAGGCCUUAUCAGGAGACAGUGCUGUAAAUCCAUCGCUGGGCCGCCUGGUGCUGCAGUGUCUGUGCCCCGCCCUGCACAGGCUGCUGACUGAUGGACUUAAACCCCACCAGAGUGAUCUGAUUGCAGGCAGGCGGCCAAACUCAGCCUGGGGUCUCGUCCAGGCCUCCACCAGACCAGGUCUGAAAACACAAGCCUUGUACAAUCUUCAAAACCGAGUCGGGGAGCUGCCGCAGCUCCGGCAGAGCAAACACAAGUUUAACGCCUUCAUUUUCGGUCUACUGAAUGCCAAGUUGCUGGAUUUUUGGCUGAGUCACCUCCAAACCUGCAUUGAUGUGCUGGACACAUUCUACUACCCCUCCUCCUUCAUGCUCCUGUCGCUGACCGCCUGCCAGCAUGUGUACCAGGAGUUGCUGCUGGUGCUGCAGCCGCUCAGCCUGCUGACCUUCAACCUGGACCUGCUCUUCCAGCAUCACCACCUGGAGACUCACAGCCCACAGAUCCCCAGUCCACCCAGCAGUGGCGCGGGAGUCCAGCAGCCUGCCAGGAAGCUUCACCCUAGACCCUCAGAGAGCAGAUAUUUCGAGAGCCUGUCAGGAGUCGACUUUGGAAAUCCAGAGAAGCAAGACGGUUUGAAUAGUGGAAAAUCCUCUUCAGGUGUUUCAGCAGAUUGGUGCACGGAGACCAGUCCUCAGUUAAUGUGGGUCCAAGAGAAAAGAAUUGCAGAUUUACCUCCACCGAACAUGGAGGAGGACAGUUUAGCUCAGCAGGCGGGACAGGUCAUCCAGCAGGGAUGGGGGGCCAUGAUGCGCUGGGGAGGCAGACUGAGCCAGAACCUGACCGAGCUGAGUCUGUCUGCAGCGAGGAAGGAGGACAUGAAGACAGAUUUGUCGGAGCUUCCAGACCAGGCCGUGAGCGACUUUGCUCCCCUUAACAGCAGUGCUCAGGUUCCCUGGGGUUUGGGACGCCUGUUUGGUGCUUCUAGAUGUCACUCAGCACCCUCUAGACGGCCCUCCCAGUGGUUGGCUCCUGGUGUCACAGCGCUGACUCGGAUCAUGAGCAGCAGCUCCACCCCAGCGCCGAGGAACAAGGACUCUGUGCCACUUGAGAACGUGAAACCAGUGACGGACUCUAAGAUCAACAACGUGGUGAUGGACACAACCAGACCGCUGAGGUCGGUGCGAAUGCUGUGUGACCACAAAGGCUCUGGUGCAGAGCUCAGCUUCAGCAAGGGAGAGGAGCUUGUAGUCUUGGGAGGCAUCGAUCAAGACUGGAUCCGCUGUCGCCAGGGAGACAAAGAGGGCAUGGUACAAAUUGGCUACACUUCCAUCAUCAUGUGACUGAACAGCCGCCGCAUCAAUGAAAACAAAAGUAUCAACGUAUUUUAGGUGACUGUGGAGGUGAAUGUGAAGGCGUCGCUUCUCUAAGGCGGAUGUUUUACACCUGCGUGGUCAGAGUCACAUGCUCUUCACACACCGAUUGGUAGCAUGAAACUCACGUUUGGUUUGGUGCCAGACAACCUCUGAUCACGCAGAGAAAUAUCCCUUUAAAUGCCUGCUGCUUAUCUGAAAGUGAUCAGACAGGAAAUGCUGUGGGAAUAACCACAAGCAGCUCUAUGUGCUUUUAGAUCUGCAGCUGCCAGAUAAGAGCCUUGACAGCCUGGCAGAGGCUAAUAAACCCAUCAGCAGAGAAGAUUCACUGUCAGGCUGUCGAGUGCAGGCGGCAUGUUUAGAGUCCCGGGCCUGAGCUCCAGAUGCGUACUGAGUGGUGAUCUAGUGAACCUUAGCCGUGUAGAUCAGUGUCCGCCCCUCAUUGCCUGGUUCAUGUGUGUUUCUGCUGUAUAAAUAUACAUAAAUACAUAUAUAAAUAGGUAUAUAAAGUCAAAUGGAACAAGGGGGAAAACAAAUGCUUGAUAUCGUUCCAUCACAUGAUGUAUAUCGAGGUGAAAAAAAUGUUUGUUUUCAGUAUGAAAUCCAAUAUCUUCCCACCCAUGUGCUUCAUGUAUUGCAAUUGUACUUAAGUCGUAUCCAUGUAUUUACUCAGAUCGGCCUGAUAUCACGGGGUCAACUGUAUGCAUAGUGAUGUGACGGAAAGCAUCCUCAGAUCAUGAACUAUCUCUAGCUGUUGGCCAUGACGUCAACACAAGAGAGGGAAACCCCACCAAAGUCUCCCAACUAAAUUGGUGUGUAACCCACGGUUCAUCAGCUCAACUAUCUUGACCCUUCCUGCCAUGUUUACUUAUCAUGAUGAUUGAUAUCGUGACAGUGGUGGUAAAGGUGAAAGUGCUCUGUUGAUGUUCAUAUACCGUAUCUUGCUUUGUGUCAUAUAGUUAGUGCUUUUUCUCUUCAGUAUCUGUAGAUGUACCUGAGUUCACGUGCAGCUUUCUGCUGACUCCAUCUUUUAUUGUAAAUACCAAGUCAUGAAAGAGUUCACCCCACCCAUCAUUCCCUUCAAGACUGCAGCUUCAGGUGGCUUCAGAACCCCUGUAGCUGCAGUUUAUUCACUCAAAAUAUCAGACGAAAGAACACUCUGCUUCUGGCAAACCCAACAAUUUAUCAUAUACGACCUAUAUAGAAACUCUAACGCCAUACUUCCCUUCCAUCUUUGUCUCUGGAAAGCUACAGAUGUUGAUGCAGGAAACAAUCAGGGAAACUUAUUCCAUGUAGCACCACUGUUACCUAGCAACAGUAGCGUCAUGCCGGACCGCAUCUUGAAUCACUGACUGCAUAAAAUGGACCGAACCUGAGAAUUUCUAAGACAUAAAUAGAUACAGAUUUAAAAGAAGAGAUCAGAUGUGAUAUUUAUUUUUUGUUUAUUUUUGCAUCAUCCAAAAGUGAGAGUCGUUCUGGUUAUUUAUUUAUUGGUUGUGCUAUUUAUUACCCUCAAGGUUACAGAGGGACAAGUGAUCCUCAAAUGUACACACGUAUAUGUGUGUGAAUGUGAGUGUGUUGAUCCACAUAGUCCCUCCGAGUCCCCCACCCCACCCUACUCUCUCCCCCUGGAGUCUUGUAGCCUGUAGACCUGAGAUGGUUGAGUGCUCCUCUAGUGUCAGUCACUGUUCAUCAUGCAUGUGCUUGUUUGUAAAUACACCAAAUAAAAUGACCAGUAUGA